GACAGAGACAGCACAGAAGCAAAGUUCAAAACCACAAGGAUGAAGAAGAUUGCAGUCCUGAUUCUAGCGUUUAGCAGCUGUCUGUGUAAAGUGCAAGGUAAUGAAAACAAUGACAAAGUCUGUCAGUGUUCAGGAUCCACCUGCUGCGGUGACAACUCCCUCACUUCCAUAAGUCAAACUCUGGGAGCUGUGGGAGAGAAAGUUGCAAACAUGGCACAAAAAAUCGCACUUUUGGAGACUAAGUUGCAAGACACUGGAAAAGAAGUCCUGGAGCUGCGGAGCCUGACUGGAGGCAGACCUCAGGUGGCCUUUUCUGCUGCUCUCCUGGCCUCUGGCUCUGGAGACACUGGACCUUUCACCUCUGCUACUCCACUCAAGUAUAAGAGGGUCUUCUCCAACACUGGCAGUAGCUACAAUCCUUCAACAGGCAUUUUCACAGCAAUGGUGAAGGGAAUGUACUUCUUUCGAUUCUCAAUGUUCAACAACCUCAGUCCAACUCCCAGCUCUGUUGUGAGUCUCAUGAAGAAUGGUGAGCGGCUGACAUCUGUCUGGGACACCGCAGGGUCUGAUGCAAACGACAUGGGCAGCAACGCUGUGGUCAUCGCCCUAGAGGUGGGAGACAACGUGUAUGUGGAGCUUGCGGAAAACCGGAGGGUCUAUGAUGAUGCAAUGAACUACAACACAUUCAGUGGUUUUCUGCUUUUCACUAUGUAAUCAGUGUGUUUGUUUAUGCUAGAGUGAAAUAAAUAUCUCUUUAUUCAUACUG